UUUAAGACUCAUAAAAGGUUAAAAGCAUUCUCAAUGAGAACGAGCUCACAAACGCAGUUCAAAGAUGUACAUCAUUCAGACUGUGAUAUUGCUUUCUCUUUUGGUAUCUUAUUUGGUGGACGGUGCUCAGUACCAGUGCCCUGGCACUUCAACACAAGCGUGUUCUCUAAAAACAAAGUGCUUAAGUGAUACAUUCAUUGGCCUGCUACCACAACUCACCAAAACAAAGUGUAUUAGCACUUGCCAGAAGCAUAAUGCACAAGUAACUAGAUUGUGUCAAGAUAACUGUCCAAUAGCUGACUGCAUGGUGUGCUUAGAAGAAGUUCAGAAGAUCGUCGACAAUUGCAAACAGUUUUACAAGAAAAUCAAGGGACARCCUGUUGGCGACUGUGACGUCAUGAAACGAGAGCUAACUAAAUGUUGCAGCCAUCAAUCUGUUUGUAAAGUCUGCCGUGAUUCGUUCUGUCAAAAUGGCGGAGUCUGCAAAGGCGGGUCAAAUAUMUUCUCUUGUAAAUGUCCACGUGGUUAUACUGGAAUAUACUGUCAAAAGAGCCAGUGUGRUAAUGGCAAUUAUUGCCGAAAUGGCGGUACUUGUAUAGGACCAAACACMUGCGCAUGCCCAGCUGAUUAUACAGGAAAGCUUUGCAAACGCAAAAGACUGGGUACCAAACUCAACCCAGCUYGCAACGCCCAAGCUAUUUUGGACGYCGGCGACAGUGUUGGCAGCGGUUURUAUUGGAUCCAGCCUCCAGGCGAAGACCAGGCCGCACAAACAUACUGYGAUAUGACAUACAAUGGUGGGGGAUGGAUGCUGGCCAGUUAUGGGUACGUUGCAACAGCGAGUACGGGGAAUAACAAUAAAGCAAUUCCUAAUAUGAAUAAUCCCAUGGGAUAUGCUUGGCGGCCAGCAAGCAGGGCAAGUCGAAAUGGUGUGAUUAACCUUCCCAAUGGUGCUGUAAUGAUGGCCAGGAGCGCUACUUACAUGAUAAUGGCGGCUGGAAACAACCCAAACWCUGACAUCGAUCAAUAUUCUCACGUUUACCGCAUUGAUUUACGUCAGAACACCUUYAACAUCACAUUCGCCAAUCACAAUGCAGUUCACGGCGCAACAGGASGUAAUGGAWUCCCUAAGAUGCACGUAUCUGACUUUUUAGUGAUCGGAUUGAAGGGUGASGUGGGCGAAUUUGAGAGGUUUGCAUUGGCCGAGUCCUUAGGUGUCACGUGGCCAGACACCUAUCCCACUGGGUACGGGUUCAAUGACAUCGGUCAACAGACGGSYUCWUGGUCCAAGGGGCCGUUCUUUCCCAGUGUGCACUCGGGUGAUCGUCCUGRUAAAGGAUGCGAUCACGGUCCSCCAUGCAGGAUUUAUCAACCCGAUAUAACCCAAGGUACCGAGAGRUACRUCCAYCGUGGCUGGUACACAGCAUCAGGAUCUGUUAACCAAGUUGGACAGACUUCAAUUUGGUUCAAGUAAAAAUAUCUAAAAACCUUGACACAAAUCAAACACUGUAGGUUAAMCWUUAAUAAUGCAAUAAAAAAUCCCAGAAUA